UUGUAGUGUACGUUUUCUGUGUACACUAAAACAAAAAUAAUGAUUCUCAGACGAUAUAAAACAUUAAUAAGUGAUUCAAAAUUAAGUGGCUACUGCAAAAUAUCAUGAUUAAUGUAUAAUAGUUACAUUUAGGUGUAGUGAGCAUUAAAAUGGACAAGAAAAAUGCUAUUCGGAGAGGCAAAAGGCCAUCCAAAGUGGUUGAAGAAAACUAUUGGGACUGUAGCGUUUGUACUUAUAGAAAUAACGCAGAGGCCUUUAAAUGCUCCAUGUGUGACGUUAGAAAAGGUACAUCCACCCGCAAGCCGCGCAUCAACCCUGCAUUGGUGGCGGCGCAGGCGGCCGGCACCGCGACAUCCUCUCAGAAGCGGCCCCGGUCCUCCUCGCUCAAGAAGAAGCGCCGACCACCGAGACUCAACAACGUCGACCGCAGCUCCGCGCAGACGAGAGAGGUAACCGUGAGCGGCGUGACGGUGGUGAUCACGGAGUACAAGCCCAAGAAGUCAGUGUCCAGCAGCUCCAGCGACGUCGAGUCAUCUAACGACGCUCGCCCCUGAUCUCCUGGUAACAUUCACCCAUCUCCACUAGGGACGACGAGAUAACCACUAAUAAGCUACCCAGGGGAUAAUAACAACUUGUUUCUCCAAGGCGAAGCGACCAUCACGCAGAUAUCCCCACUAGAGACGACGAGAUAACCACUGACAUCUACCCAGGGCAUAAUAACCACUAGUGUUUCUCCAAGGCGAGGCGACCACUUAUGACUUGCCUAGGCGAGACGACCACUAAAGUCACUCCAAGGCAAGGCGACCACUAUUGUUUCCCAGCACGACGCGACUAAAGUAUCUAAAGCGAAGUAGCCACCAUUCUCUCUCCGAGGCGCGUCGACCAUAAAUCUCUUCGAGCCGAGGCGACCACUAAAGUCUCUCGAAGGCAACCACAUGCAACCACUAAAGUCUUAAGUCUCUUUCGGCUCACCUCAAUGUAGCAGACACUUUCCCACUAAUGAUCCUCAUGAUGUUACAGUAGCAACGACAAUCUCAGACUGGAAAAUCAAAUAGACCAAAAAGCUGCCAGACUAUAGAUAUUAUAACUUUAAACAUUUAAAAAAAGUUUUGCUGUUUGAUGUUACAUCGCGCCUUUGAUGCUGCUUACGCUGGUAAUUGGUAUGUAGCCUUGAAUUUAAGGCUAAACAAGGAGUAUAAUAUACAUUUUUAUAAUAGGUACGGGUCGUUCCGCACUGCGAAUUUUAACCGCACUCCUACACAUUAAAUCUUACGAGAGUAUCAGCACUUGCGAUAAAAGUUAGAAUCCGCGCGAUUAAAAUUCGCAGUGCGGACAGUCCCUUAUAUUGCCAAAUGCAGUUUUUAUUAGUAAUCAGUAUUUAUAAAAACAUUAUUUAUUGUAAUAUUUUUUUAAGAAUUCGACCACUUCCCUAUAUAGACUGAACUUUUAUCCCAGUCAUCCAACGUAGAUUGUAAUAACUUAUAUUGUUAUAUUUAAGUGGUAUAGUAUACCC